UGACGUCAUAGAAACAGUUACGAUCCAAUAUGGCGGCGGAAUUUCGAAUUUUUGAAAGUGCGAAAUCGUAAACAUUGAUGUUCUCGACGACUCGUGCACUUGUGUAGGUAAUAGCUGAUGAUGGAGUCUGAUAAUCAAAGUGGCAGAUCUGAUGGGUCCAGAGGAUCGUCACAUGAUGGGGGAGGAUCAGAAGAUGAGAGCUACAUGCAUGACUUCCAGCCCCUGGCAGCUCAGGCAGCAUCCUUACGGUCCCUUCCUGCACGCACAAAGGACGCUGAGGCCCAGCCUCUCCCGAUGACGUCACCCCAGGAUCUCAUCGAGUUCUCCGAGCUGGAGGACUAUCCCUCCCUGGAGCAGCUCCCCCUGGAGCACUCCCCAUCUCAGGGUGAUGCGUCGAGCGAGGAGUCCCCGCCGCACGUCAGGAUCCUCAGGGCUGCGGCCUCGCACAAGUCUCCAUCAGGGGAGAGCUUUGCGCUUCCUCAGGUGGGGUUUGAGGACAGCAUGGAAAUGCCAGGAUUGAGCCCGACUGCCGAUGCGUACACAAGUUCCCGGUCGCCCCACGAAGAAACAAAGUCGUCGGAGGAUACGCUCGUCGGGGAGGGUUUGAAAAGCUUGGAUGGAAGCAAUCACAGGGAUGAAGUCUCCAUGGAGGGGGGCUCUCUGUCACAGCACACCACCAGCAGUCUCUCUCUCCCUCCACACAGCAAGUCCAGUCACUCCUCUCUGUCACAGCAUACUACCAGCAGUCUCUCUCUCCCUCCACACAGCAAGUCCAGUCACUCCACUCUCUCUCAGCAAACCACCAGCAGUCUCUCUCUCCCUCCACACAGCAAGUCCAGUCACUCCACUCUCUCACAGCACACACUGUCCAGCCAUUCCACCCUGUCUCACCCUGGCCGGGAAGACAGGACACUGCUGGCAGACCAGCCGGAUCUGUCCGCGUACCCUCUGCCUGAAGAUGAUGAGGGUGCGAAUGCAGCCGUGGAUCAGGUGAGCAGGAUACUGGACAUGCUGGGACCACGACCAAGUGUGACCGGAGAAGAGACCACGUUUCCCGUCACCUCAUCCCGAUCAGAAGGGAGCAUCAGGAGAGGCAGUUUGGAGCGGGAGCCGUCGGGAGUCAUGUCGAGGGUCUCCCUCCUGUCUAUGGAGAGCAGCAGCAGGAUCCACGGUAUAUCCCAGAUGAACCUGGACAGUGUGGAUAGUCAGGACUCCCUCGCACAGAGGGUCAAGGAUCUGCUGGGAGACACCACUACUCAGGCUGGCUCCAGGCUGUCAGGUUUGAGCACAAGGCAGUCUGCUGCUGGCCGGAGUGAUGACGGAGUCACAAACAAAACUGGUGCCGGUGAGAAGUUUGACCGGCACCUGGACUUUGACCCUGAUGCUGACGUGGUCUCUUCCAGCCAGAGUAACGACGUGGUGAACAUUCAUGACUCCAUUGCUGGGAGGAAGCCCCUGAGCCAGUCCACCCCUUACUUGGUUCUCCCUGUGGACCCUCUCACACAAAUUAAAUUGCCAUCACCCCAAGCCAAGGAAGUAGAGGAUGAACAGCCCUCUAGGGUCACCUAUGGGCAGGAUAGAACAAAGGACCUGUCUGUAGAGACUUCAGCUCAGAAGCCUGAUGACGUCAUUGCCGCCAAAAGACAAGCUUGGAGUGCAUUCCCACCACCCUCCCAGGAAAGCAGGCACAGCCAGAUCAGUCAGGAUUCUUUAAACCCCUCACAGGAGCCUCAGAGGAAGUACCUGUCAGAAGACAUCCAGAGGUUCCCUCCCCUGGGGCUGGUGGAGCUGGAGGCAGGCCCCCACAGUCAGGAGACUAUGGUGAAACAGUUGGAAGUGAGGACGGACAAUGUUGGCAAACGGCUCUCUGACAGACAGCUGUCUCCGAGAGAUUUCCCUCCUGAUGCAAAGAAACCCCGUAACGAGGAGGAUGGAGCCAGCACCACUCAAGGCCAGUACGCACAGCCUGAGUCAGCUCGCACGUCUCGUAGUAGCUAUAUCCGAGGCAUGAAUCUGGAGAGUAUAGACAGCGAGGAUUCCAUAGCAGACAGGGUGAGGUAUCUGUUAGGUGGUGAAUCACCAAGCACAAGUGAGCCACAGCUGUCUGUACGGAGUGAAGCCAGCGGCCAUGGAGUUCCCAGAGAAAUCCAAAGGGCCAGUUCUACUCAAGGGUACCCAUACAGUUCCCAAAGGCCGGUAACUGAUAGUCAGACACUGGGCGUGGGUGUCUCACCGAGAGAGCCUUCUCCCCUUCAUGUCACAUCGUUAGCUGGUAGAGAACACACCCUGAAGAGGUCCAGCUACGAGGAAUUCUGGAUCGAUCGGCCGAGUUCAGCGAACGGUUCUCCGUCCCGGCCCGUUGGACUGACGAGUUCCCAGCGGAGUGCGAGUGACUCGGAGCUGCACGUUUCGCCCCGCGGUGGCGGGAGGAGCAGGAGGGAGAGGUAUGAGGAGGUGAGGAGUCAGGCGAGGCUGAGCAGAGCUGCCGACUUCACUUCUUCUACAGACGCACAGCUUCAAGAUGGACACACAGAACCAAGAGCUAGUCAACAGCCAACAAGCGAUUUACCUGCUAGUUCUUAUACAAAACCAUAUCAGUUUGUCAGCACAGCUCCUCUGGGAGACAGUGAAACACAAGAUGGAGGAGCCGGCAUGUUUGCUGCGCCAAGUUUUGAGCUUGAUCAGCAGGAGUUGUCUCGUGUGAGUGGUCAUACUCACUACACAGUGGACACCCUGUCUCAGAGCGUGUCCCUCCCUGUGGGUUCUGUACACAGCCCCAACACUACUGGCCCGAUGGAACAUACCAGAGCUGAGGAUGUGAAUGAUAGACAGGAGUUUAAACUACAACUAGACAAUGAUGCGUUAGGAGGGGAGAGUGCCGCGCAGACCGCACGUAGCGACAACACUGCCCGUACUACACGCACGCAGAACGGGGGCCUGACGGGUCGUACGCUGAGUCCUGCCAGCAGCCGAGAUUCCCUGGCACAACAGGUCUACGACAUUCUCACGUCCCCUUCGUACCUGGACCGGUACAGCAACACGGACGGACCAACCUCUCCCUUACUGGCCGACCCAAGCUACAAGGUGGACCUACAGACCAGGCUGGGCCUGGGUAGAGAUGACCAGGAGACUGCCAGAGGGCCAUCCGUGGCGGAGCUUCACGAGAAAACCAGACAACUGUUGGAGCAGUACGACAAGGAGAUGGCGGAGAGGGAGUCCUUAGAAAGUGACAGAGUGCCAACAGCCAGACACUCAACUUCCAGCCACUAUGCUGACAGAAGGUCUAUAGAAAACAGGUCUAGAAUGUCUGGUGUGGACAAUUCACAACAGGCUAUACGGACCUCCAUAGAGAGUAGAUCCAGAUUGUCAGGAGCGGACAAACACACUGGUCAGACCUCAGUUGAGGAUAGGUCAACAAUGUUUGGUUUGGGUAGACCACAAUAUGCUGACCAGACAUCACUAGAAAACAGGGCCAGAUUGUCAGGAGUGGACAAUACACAACACACUGGUAGGACCUCAGUAGAGGACAGGUCAGCAUUGUAUGGUGUGGAUAGACUACAAUACACUGACCAGACCUCAGUAGAAAACACAUCCAGAUUGUCUGGAGCGGAUCAAACACAACACACCGGUCGAACCUCAGAAGAGAAUAGGGCCAGACUGUCCGGAAUGGACCAAACACAAUACACUAGCAGGACUCCUGAAGAGGACAGGUCUGCAUCGUAUGGACCACAGCACACCAGUCCAGCAGAGACCAGGGCCUCCAGACUGUCUGAGGUGGAUGGAAACCCAGGAGACAGAUACCAGCACUCCCAAGACAGCAAGUCAUCUAUCAGGGUGUCUGCCAUCAGUGGUGAAGAAGGACAAGAACCUCCCCACAAAGCAGAAGGGAGAGCUGUUUCUAGAAUGUCUGAGAGAGCAAAUUCAAGAAGGGAGUCUGGUGAGAGGGAGCCGCUGUCUUCUCCGAGUAGGAUGUCUGAAAAUGAGGUAUACACCAAUCGGGGUUCUGUGAUGAGUCAGAUCGUGUCUCCCAGAAGGGCGCCCAGUCAGACGUCAACAGUGUCGCAGCUGGACACGGCGAGGACCACCGACACCAUGGACUCAUUAGCCUACAAGGUGAGACACCUGCUAGAGAGAGAGUCUCCUGAGCGGAGGGUGGACGCCAUCCUGAAGGAAGCAGAAAUGGUGGAACAGACUGCCAUCACCGAGGCACUGCUAGAAGAGGCAGAGAGGACAGAACAGGCGUUAUUGGGCACUCCAACACGUAUCUACGACAUCCAGCGCUCUCGGCGGACGAGUGAGGGCAUGAUGUCUUCCCGGUCGUCGGUGUCAAGCAGACUGAGUGUGGAUUCGGGAUCAUUCGCUCCGAUAGGACUGCCCUUCACGGCCUUUGACUUUGCCAGAAAUCUGAUUUCGAACCAGCUGACGAAAGUGGCAGAGAACAAGUUUGACCACAGCGUGAAUCUCCUGGGAAUGACGCCCCAAGUGUCACAAGAAUCAGCUGUAGUAAUGGCAGGCGGGGUCAGAGGUGACAGGUCAGGGGUCAGCCAGAGGUCAAGUGAAGGUCGUCCAUCCAGGGCAUCCCACCACUCCGCACGUUCUGCUGACAGGGAGGAAGCGUAUGGCCAUGAAAGACAUGAUACAAGGAGUAGCAGGCACAGUUAUGAGGCCAAAUAUGCUGAGGAAGACGAUAGAAAUGCUGACUUUUGGGCCACGCCGCAAAGAUCUCGUGAACCCAGCAGGCAAGGCUAUCGUGAUGACUCAACAAAGGCUAUGGGCUCAAGAGAUGUACAUAUGCAUGUGCCACAGGAGGAGAAAGCAAAGUCAGCCGCCACCCAGCCUCGUGAAGACCUGCAGUACCCAGACAGACAGACAGGGGGCAGUAGAGGAACAUCUGCAGAAAGACCAACAGAGACAGGCAGGGAAAGAAGACCGGGCCCACGGCUGCAGCUGUACCGCCCUGUGGGCAGUCCGGACGUGUUCUACGUGCCGCUGGCCGAGGAGAGAGAACCGGACACACCGGUCUCACAGACCACGCUGGAGAGUACCCAUCUAGGAUCUGAUGAUGCUGAGUCCCCCUCCUUCCCAGCCAGCUACCUAGGAACCAGGAAGGACACGUUUGAGGCCAUCCACUCAGUGGGGAUCUACGGAACACGCAAGUCACCCAAGUACCUGUCCAAACUCUCCAAAUCCCAGGAGGGCUCCCCUGGCGAGAAGACAGUCAACAGGGCAGGACCCAGGGAGCCGCAGAAAGAACCGUCAGGGGGCGAGUCUGAUGGAAUCAACGAGGAGAGAGUGAGGGUGAUCAUAGAGCGCGAGAGAAGAAGCUUGGAUGGGACUCCUUCAGCUGCAGACAGAGAAGAAAGGUCUACAGGUGGCGAGAGAAAGGACGUAACACAGGGCAAACCAGCUGUCACAGAGCACAGAAUGGUACAAAGAGAUGGUAGAGGCCGCUCGAGUGAAGGGUGGGACAGAGGGCAAGACCGGCCAGGAGUUUAUCCAGCUAGAGCAAGAGAAGCCUGGUCUGGAGAGGGUACUAGAGAAAGACAGCGUCCUAAAUCUACAGUAACUGAUGAUGUGGUCAGGGCCAAGCCGGCAGCAUCCUUCAUAGAGUACCCACCCAGUCUGCAGAGUAGGUCUCCUCCAGAGGACAGGCACAGGGCCAUGGAGGAAGACUUCAAACCACUGGCGCCUGAUCCUCAGUCUCCUAAAGGCAGGGGUCUGACCAGAGCAGAGCUGGAGGACCGGAGGGCAGGGCGUCCACUCAGGGAUGGAGGACUCAAAGAUCGACAUCGCUCUCCACCAGACGAUACAUACCACAGGCCAGCAGCAAGACAUGAGCCGGGAUACAGGAGAACAGAGACAUCUCCAUCCAGGUACAGAGGUGACAGAGAUGUUGGCUACAGCAGGGACAGGACAAGGGAUUACCCACGAGAUAGACCCACUCCUGAUGCUAGGCCUCCCGAUGUAACAAGUUAUGAUAGAUAUGGGGCUGUAGGAGGGACAAGGGCUGAUAGAUCUCCCAUCAGAGAUUAUGUCAACCGAAGUCCUGACAGAGACAGAGGCACAAGAGCCAGCCUCAGGAGAUACCAGCCCACCAGCCCCGGGAGGUACAGAGAAACACGACCAGACACAUACAGACAGGAGUAUGAUACAAGAAGAGCCAGGGAUGCUACUCGGAGGGACUACGACGUCUCGACUCUGCGCAGGAAUCAGAGUGUCCUUCAGGAGGUGCUGGAGCAGGAGGAGAGGGUUGAGGGGAGGCUGCAGGGGAGGCCCAACUUGGACGAGCUCUGGAACAACUUCAAGGAGGAGGUCGUGAGUAAGCUGGAGGAUGAGGAGAACCAGCUGGAGCCGGCUCAGCUGGAGGAGCUGGCAGACAUGAUGAGAGAUCCGCUCAAGUUCAGCCUGCAGCAGAUGUACAAGGACCAUGUCCAGCGAAAGGCUGAGCAGCAGGAGGGACGGAGAAUGACCGAGGACCCUGCACCCCCAGAGGAAGGUGAGACAUCAUGUGAACUACGUGACGCCAUCAAGGUCAAGAUGAAGGACCUAGAACAGACAGAGGACCACGGUGUGCAGACUCCAGACAAGACAAGGUCUGCCAUGGCACAAAAAGCCCAGAAACCUAAAGUAAAGCAAGGACCCAUUGAUAAUUCCCCUGAACUCUCAGCCUCUGCCACAAGUAGUACACUGACUGAUGGGGAAGAGACGCUGACUAAAGAAAGGCUUGAGAAGACAAAAGAAAGGCCACGUAAAGACAGACCUGUUGAAAAGAAGCCUUCAAGAAAAGCCGAUGUCCCCUCGAGAGACAAGGGGUCAGCUGCAGAACCUCAAGGAGAGGAACCCUCUGCAUCUUCUCUGCUAGACAGCAUCAAUACACAAAGGCUCACAAAGAUCUUCGGAGACUUGCGCAGUCCGGCCAGCUCGGAGGCCAACUCCCUCACAUCAGACAGCUCCAGUGUAUCCAGCAUCGACUCUGUCCGCUUCUACCAGGUGUUUGGACAGAGCAACCCCAAGCUGCGGGACCUGGCCAAGAAGAUACAGAAGCAGAAGGAUCGCCACGGCAAGAAGAGGGACAAGAGCGGGCUGUCGUACCUGAGCAGCGGAGCGUCCACGCUCACCUUAAGUCCGGUGCCCGAGACAGACAGAGACCUGACCGAUGACACUUCUCCUGUGAGCACGGCGAGCUCCGAGGCCGGAGAUGGGAAGAAGCAAACAAGGAAGAAGUUGUACCCUCAAGAGACAGAGUCUAGCCCAACUGACACAGACAGCAGUGCACCCUGUCAGUGUCAAGCCAAGAAACAGGGAAGACAGAAGGAAAGCAGGGAAGAGAGGCAAGAACGGAUCAAGAGAUAUCAGGAGAGUAGACCUAAGGACCUGCCAAAGAAGGAGACUAAGGAGCAGGAAGCCUUUAAGAAACCGACCCAACCUCCUCAGAGGAAACAAAAGACUGGAAAGCAGGAGCGUCCCAGGCACCCGAGGAAGGAAAAGAAGAAUGAUUUUGGAGCUGUGUUUCCUUCACCAGUCAUCGCCUCCACUCCCGCUCCCCAUGGCAACAAGGUUACCAUAGGGAUUCAGACCACGCCCUCUCUCAACUCCAGCAUGGACAGUUCUGUCAGCACUCCUGGGGAGAGAAACAGGGCAACACAGACCACACCUUCUCUGGAUUCAGGCAGUGACAUGGAGAUCAAGAGGCCAAGAGAGAGAAAGAAGCAGAAACCAGACCAAACUAGCUAUUACCAGUCCACCCCCAUGCCCAAGUCUGGAGCAGCAGACCGUGGCAGGCCCGCUGGUGAAGAGGAUGUCUCUGCUAUCAGUAGCCCAGGGGGGAUGGCCUGGUUCCAGCCUAUGGCUGAGGAUAGACCCUGGAGACAAAGGAAAUCCAACGGUGGUUUUGAUGGUAGCCCUACAGAUGACAAUCAGCCAGAGAGGAGAAGAGCGAGGUCGGGUAGUCAUGACGACAAGUUCGUGGUGUCCGUUCCUGUGACCACUCCUGAACAGAAGAGUCGGGACAGACAGCCUCAGGCAGCCCCACAGUACCCAGUCUUGUUUGAGUCUGUCAAGAAGAGGAAAGAAGAGAGGCAGACCAAACCAAAGUCUACAGAAAAGGGGGAGGCAGCCUCUGAAAAUGCUCGACCAGGCCUGGCGUGGUACGUGCCUGUUGCUCAAGCUCUGCCGUGGAGACGACCGUUCCAGGAGCGUCAGCAGUACACACAGGAGAGACAGGACCAGAUCGUCAGGUGGAUGGACGACAUGAGCCCUCACAGGAGGGGGAACCAACCACCCAAGCCUCUGGAGAGGCUCACACUGCAGGAGGCGCUAAAGAUGCGUAAUCCGGCCUUCAUCUCCAAGUCUCGCGAGCGCGUGCGGCGGAUGGAGCUGGCUGCGGAGGAGCGUCGUCACGAGGAGGCGUUCGAGAUGGAGAGGAUGAGACUGUUCGGGGAGGAGAGGAGGAGACUCCAGGCUACCGAACCUGCCCCUCUGUCUGAAAAUCUGCACAGGCCCAAGAAAAGAACCAUUACCAAGAAGGAAAUGGCAGCCAGAAGUAAAAGGAUGUAUGAAAAACUGCCCGAGGUGCAGAGGAAGAAAGCUCAGGAGAGAAGACAGGCGGCUUACAAGUCCAACAGGAUCAAGGCACAGUUAUUCAAGAAGAAAGUGCUGGACAGCCUCAGAAGGAAGAAUGAACUAGCCUACUGAUGCUGUAUGGAAACCUUAGGUCUCAGUUAAACAGAUCCUAAAUGUACAAACUGUUGCAUCAAAAGUUUUGUGGUGUUUUUAUACCAUCUAAUUUCAUCCAUUUUACACUGUCAUUGUGCAAUCAAGAAUGUUGAUAAAUUGUGUGUAUUUUGAGUGCUACAUGUAAAUGUAGCUGUCACUGUAUAGUCAGUUUAUGGGUGGUUUGCAAAUUAUUACUUGGUUAGUGACUUACCCCAGAAAUGGGCUAUUUGUCUCGCUUUCCAAAGUCUCUUGUGUACCUUCGUCAAAUGCAGGAGUUCCAGAAACAGACUAUAGGCCUCACUCAGUAAGGCCAUCUGAGAUGUGUCAAAGUGCUGUAGUAUAUGUGACAAAUAAUCUACAAACAAAAUUGUCUUGUGCCAACUAUACCAUGUACAUAAACCUUUCAAUUUCUGAUGUAUUUCAUAGUCAUUUACACAAUGUAUAUUGCCUAUAUGAAGUUCAUGAUGUUGAUAGCAAUCUCUUUUUACAUGUAUGUGUGGAUUUUUUAUAGACAAACUAUUUUACAUAUGUGUAAACUUUCAUAGAAAUCCUGCCAUCUCUGAUGUUUGGAAGAAAGGUAUAUUUUCAAAAUGGUGUCAACAUUCCGUGGACAUUUUCCAUGCCAACUUGUUCACAAGUGUAGGAAACAUUCCAUUUUGUACAGGAAAAUUAUGUAUAGUGUUUAACUGUGUUCAGAAUAAAGAUCUUCAUCAGUAACUUUCUGUGAGUAUCUAUUUGACUUUAAACAAGGAACACAAACAGUAAUGAAACCUGUACUUUUUGGACAACAGUUUAUUGCUGUUCAUAAUGUGUGAAGAGUACAAUGUACAUGUCACAUCUUCAAAAACUUGUACAAUCAUGUAUUUACAGAAUGAAACCAUCAUGAUAAG